AUGAUUUUAGAAGAAAACACCCAACUAAUAUAAGAACAAAAAGAUUUUAAAUCAUUCGAUGAUAUUUUAAAAGAAAAAAUUGGAUUUGGUAAAUUUUAAAUACAGACAAUGUUUAUAAUAACAUUUAUAGAUUUUAUAGAUGGAGCAGAAUUGAAUUUUUUAUCGAUUUCACUUUAAAUUUUGAAAAUAGAAUGGAAUUUGGAGUCUCGUUAAGUAGAAAUAUUAAGCAGUUCAUAUUAUAUAGGUUUAGUUAUAGGAUGCAUUUUUUCAGGAUAUUUUUGCGAUUUUUUCGGUCGAAAAUGCUCUAUGUAAAUAGGCAAUUUAUUAUAAUUAUUCACUAUUAUAUGGACAGUAUUCGUUCAGGAUUUUUAUUCUUUCGCUUGUAUUAGAAUAUUAUUGGGAUUUUCUAUAGGAUUAACAUUAAUAAUAAGCGGGAUACUUUCUUCGGAAAUAUCUUCAAAGCACUUAAGAGGUCGAAAAAUAGCUAUAUUAGGAGGAUGUAUAGGGUUAGGGAAAAUAUAUUUAUUAUUCAUAAGUAGUUUUUUCUUAGAUGAUUUAUCAAAAGGAAAUUGGAGGGCAAUAGUAAUUUGCUAAGCAGUUUUACUUUUGAUUUUAAACAUUUUAAACUUUUUAAUAUUAGAAGAAAGCGCAAGACUUCUAGUGAGUCAAAAUAAACUGGAAGAAGCUGUAAAAAUAUUAAAUAAAAUGGGAAAAAUGAACAAAAAAGAAGAAUAUAUCCCAAUAAACGAACAAGAAAGAAAUUAAUUACAAAAUUGGAGAGAUUACAAAUUCAAAUAAAAAAUUAAUUUUAAAUAAUAAUUCAAGGAAAUAUUUUUACAAGAAAAAUAUAAAAAUGUUACUUGGAGACUACUUUUUGGAUUUACUACAUAAAAUUUUAUUUAUUCAAGUUUAAUGAUUAUUUUGCCUUUUGUUUUACACUAAGGUGGUUUUGGAGUUUUCGAUUUACUUAUAAUUGAUAUAUCAGAAAUUCCAGCGAGUAUUUUCUGUUUUUUUAUUAUUGAUUUGAAAAGUAUAGGAAGGGUUAAAAUUAUUAAUUCUAUGCUUGUUCUUUUAAUUAUUUUAUCAGUUUCAGUUUACUUUUUUUGGAUGAAUUUUAUUAUUGUAGGGUCUUUUUUUAUUAAUUUUUGCAUGAAGACUUAUAAUAUAUGCCUUUGUACUAUUCUUUAUGAAUCUUAUGGAACUCAACAUAGAGCAUUAGGAAGUUCAAUUAAUGUUGCUUUUGGAAGAUUUGCAGGAGUCUUUGGACCUUUUAUUAUUUAUAAAAUUUUUUUGUAUGCAUAGUAACUUACUUAUAUUACUUUUAGUUUAGUUUUUUUUAUAACUUUUCUUAUUUUUUUAUAUUUCCCUAUCGAAAAGUCGAAUGUAAAUUUAGAUUCGAGUGAAAGUUCUGUGUUAUGA